AACAAAAAUUUGUUUGAACAACAAAGGCCCAGUAGUCAUUGUUUUCUGCGCAUUUUAGUGUCGUGUUUACGUGUACGUGUUUGCUUAAAGCUUGUAAUUGAUCAGUCUGUUCGACAUUAAUUAUGUUUUCUUGAGCGUGCAUCUAUAGAAAAACAAAAUAUUGCAUUGCAACGAAGUGAAGCAAUUAAAAUAACAUUUUUGUGAUGGGUGACACUUCGCCUGUCACUUCGAAACAGACAUUUAAACGAGUGGAAAUACACUUAAACAGAUUCAACGAAGUCGCAAUACCUCAUCAUGUUGAUCUACUCAAAAAACAUAAGCUGAAUAUUCAGAAGUUCCAUCAGGCUGGUGACUGGGAUAGAGUGAAUCAAGAACAGAUUAAUGCUACAAGGCUGGUAAAGCAACUGAAAGCUCUACUGUCUGAAAUAGAUGCUUUGCGUUUACAAGUACGAGAUGAAGAUAUUCAGAAGUUUGAUCGUUCCGUAGCUGUUGCGCGGCAAAAUGCUUUGAGUGCUAUAGAAGACUAUACAGACAAAAAACUUUCGCCUAUUGCGUGUUCACCAAGGAGAUUUUCUAGUCUUGAUAGUUCACCAGAGGAGGAGACCAAUGUUCAGGAUGUGUUCAGUGGUACUGCGGAAUUUGAAGUCAGUAUUGCAGAAGAAGAAUUAGAGAAGAAAAGAGAAUGCCUUGCAUCAUAUGAUGCUCUUCAAUCAGAAGUGAAGAAUAUUCAUGAGUUGUUUCAAGACUUUUCAGAACUAGUUAAGGAACAGGGAGAAGAUGUGGAAGAAGUUGAGAAGAAUGUUGAAACUACAGACAAAAAUGUUAAAGAAGGAACAAAGUUCUUGGCAAGAGCAGCUCGCUAUAAAGCAGCUAUGUAUCCAGUUGCAGGAGCAUUGAUUGGGACUUGUUUAGGUGGACCAGUGGGUCUUGUUGCUGGGCUCAAAUUUGGAGGAUUAGCUGCUAUUGGUUGUGGUGCAAUUGGUUACACUGGUGGGCGGUUUUUGAAAAAGAAGGAAGAAGCCCUUGCAAAGUCUGAUAUUGAACUACCUACAGUGCGGUCUCCACCACCGACCAUGAAAACCUCUGUUUCAUUGCCACUUAUUACUAAUCGUCCUGGUGACCUGUCAUCCUGAUGUUGUCUGCUGUAGCACUUCUUCAGUGCUACUUAAAUAUUUUCACAGCCUCUCUGAGAGACAUUUUUGAAAGUGACAACUUAUUUUGAUGCAAGAGAUUGCUACUUUUUUCUGUGCUUAAUGGUUCUGCUGCACAAAUGUUAUAGGGCCAAGAUGUGAUUUUUGAAAUUUGUAAAGAGAGUGUGCACAUGUGAUGUUGGAGUUCUGUUACUUGUACCUGGUAAUGAAACUAGUCUCAAGAAUUGUUGUGCUACAAUUUAUGUAAAUACUUAUAUGAUACUAAGGUUGCAUUCAUCAUCGAUGAAUAAGUAUCAUGAUGUGAGAUAAAA